AUGUAUGGAGAGCGCUUAGUUAUUCCACCCAAGUUUCAGAAACGGACGCUUCAGCAGUUGCAUAUAGGGCAUCCAGGCGUGGAAGGAAUGCGGUCGAUAGCGCGUCAGUACGUAUAUUGGUCUCACAUCGACGAAGACAUUGCGAAGCUCGUUCAGACCUGUAACGAAUGCGCCAGCGUAGCUAAAAUCGACCGACGAACAAUUCUGGAGUCCUGGCCAGUGCCAAAGAAGCCGUGGCAGCGAGUUCAUCUGGACUAUGCCGGUCCAAUGGAUGGAUGGUUCUACCUCAUUCUGGUGUACUCUUUUAGUGAGUGGCCAGAAGUCAUUCGAACCAGGAAGAUCACCACACUAGCGACUGUGGGAAUUCUCCGAGGAAUUUUUGCAAGGUUUGAAGCUCCUGAAACGCUGGUGACUGAUAGCGGGACACAAUUUAUUAGUAGUCCUUUUGAUACUACUGCGCUUAAGUGGGUAUGA